GGAUGAGCCCCCGGGCCGGGGGGGAAGGACCGGCCGAAAGGAUGGAGACCGAAGCCUUGGCCGGACUUUUUCCAAGGCUCCUUGUGCUGUUGUCCCUCGCCUCAGGUGGAAAGAAUCUGGAAAUUCCUCAAGAUGUCCAAGUCUCUAUCAUUGAUAGCACCUUUAUCCUUCAUUGGAGCGUAGCUAACGGAUUUGAUACCGAUGUGACUUUUUCAGCGUAUUACCAAGAGGUGGUUGAAGAGGACACUUGGAAGCCAUUACCGGGAUGCCAGAAUGUCACCGAAACAAAUUGUGACUUCUCCGAGGAGCUCAUUUUUCAAAAGCUUAAUGUGCGCGUCCGAGCCGAAAGGGGGAGAGACGCUUCUCCCUGGUCUAAGGUUAUUGGGUUUGUUCCAUUUCUCAUAGAAGUCGAGUUGGAAUCUCGGGACGGGGCAGUAUUCAUCAGUGUUUCUCCGAAAAGUAAUCAGAUCUUGUUGGAUAAUGAAAUCUUGAGUUUCACCUAUGAGUUGAUCAUCUGGAAGAACUCUUCAAGUGAAGAAAAAACCAGUCUAUUUAUCCAUCCCAGAGAUGAAAUUCAUAAUCUGGCACCGGAGACCACUUACUGUUUGAAAGUAAGAAUGCUGCGGAGGAAAAAAACCAUUUUCUUCAGCCCGGUGUUUUGCAUAAAUACUACAGUUGAAAAGCCUCGUCCGAGAAACUUAGAUAUUUCCGCUAUAAACACAAACUACAUCCUUAAAUGGGAUUACCCGAACGAGGACGGAAGCUUUCGUGUUCAGUGGCUCUAUGGUUUUUACAAGAAAUAUCUGAAGGACUACACGGAUAAAUGGAAGACGGUAUCUAGCUGUGAAAACAUUAAAGCAACCAAGUGUGACUUCUCAGGAGAAAUUUCCGAAACAGGGAUUUACUAUCUCCGGGUACAAGCGAUAGAUGGAAAAAAUUCAUCACUUUGGUCCCAGGAAAGAAAAUUUAAUCCUUCUGUGGAAGCUAAACUAGGCCCUCCAAGCCUAAAGGUCGAAUCCCGUGAUACGACUACGCUCCACGUCUACAUCGCUGACCCUGGGGAAGCUGAAAACAAAAGUAUGAGCAAGUAUCAUUCCUUAAUGUAUGAAGUUAUCGUCAUGGACAACUCUUCAAAACUUGAGAAGAAAAUGGUAGAAUCCAAGAAGUCAUUUAGAGUGCCAGACUUGAAGCCCUUGACUGACUACUGUUUCAAAGCCAAAGUGUAUAUUAAGGAUGACAAAAACAACAGGAGCAGUAAUUUUAGUAAUGUUGUUUGUGCCCAGACAAAACCAGGAAGAAAAUCUAUCCUCCUGAUUACUUUACUUGUAUGUGCAGCCAUAUUUUUCUUAAUUGUAUUGCCCGUUGCCUUCUUUAGUGGAAUAUUCUUAUGGCGAAGUAUCAAGUAUGUGUUCUAUCCAUCGUGCAAACCCCCUUCAAUUAUAGGGGAGAGUCUCUAUGACCAUCAGUUGAAAAAUGUAUUCCUCAUCACCUCGGAGGAACAGACGGAGAGUUGUUAUAUCAUCGAAAACGCCAGCACCUCUGAUCCUAAAGAAACAAGCGUGACUGAUAAAAACUACAGCACCUGCAGCACGCAGAGCAGUCAAGAUUCAGGAAACUACUCAUAUGACAGUGAGACGCCUUUCAUAAAAGGAACCGAAGAAAUCGUCCGACUGGAAUCCAUGUGACCCCAACUUACCGAGCCCAACCUGGGGCCCGGGUUGCCUCGACUCCCCUCCUUUGGCCAGAAGGAAGGAGGCUAACCACGGGUCAAGCCUACAGCUGUCCGGCCUUUGACUAAAGGGAUUUUGCUGGAGGCGGGUGAGGGACGGCUGAAGGACCUCUCCAUUUUGGCCAAGGAUCAAGAGGCUCCGUUUGAAAUGUGAAACCGCUGUGGCGGGUGAUUCAUUUCCAACCGUUCUCGCUUGUCCCUCGGGGCCACCGUGCCGGUGGGAGCCGACGAUCACGCCACCGCCUCGGGCCCUGGCUGCUGUCCAGCCAUCCAGGCUUCUUGAGUUCAGGACUGAAUUUCCUCUUUCUUCAGGUGAAAUGACAGCUGAUUGUUCUCUUGCCCUGGAAGCUGUCCAGGAAAAUCCUGACCAGAAUUUCCAGUCCCCUCUACCUUGUCCUCUUGCCCCGACUACCCAAUCGGUAUUUUUGCUUUGCACUCUGCUUCCUUAGAUGCCACCCAAACAGUCGGCGGUUUUUCGUGCGCGUUUUGGAUGUGCCCAGGACUGUACAAAGUGCUUGGGAAAGUGCAGUAUAACAGAGUUGGUAGGCGCGCUUUAUUUGUGCCCACCCCAGUGCUUACUACGUCUGGCAAACGGUAUGCACUUAAAUACCAGAAUUAUUACGUGCAAUUCCUGCCCGUGCAUUAACCGUCUACAGCGGGAGGUGGAUGUUCAAAUAAAUUAGAGAAGCGGCAUGGCUCAGGGGAAAGAGCCUGGGCUUGGGAGUCAGGGGUCAUG